UUCCCUCCCUGUCGGGGCGGAAUUUAGUCCAAGGCAGGAUCAGGUUCCCCGCCUUCCAGUCCGAAAAUCCCGCCAAGGGAGCCGCGGAGCAGAGGAAACCCCAAAGUGAAGCCAGGGAAGAAAGAGACCAUCACCAGCCAGGAGGGAGGGAGCAGCAGCCCGCGUCGCCAGCCGCAGCGACCCGGGUACCUGGACCCCGAGCAGCCAACCUCGCCCCUUUCAACAAAGGCAACCUGAGCGCAGACAGCACGUUUGCAACUCAAAGAUGCAGUCCCCACAGGACCGGCUGCAGCGUCGGAAACUUGCAGCUGUCUUCUUGGCCUUCGUGUUCAUUCUGGUGGCCGUGGACACCGCUGGAGCUGCGAAGAAGGAGAAGCCAGAGAAAAAAGUGAAGAAGUCUGACUGCGGAGCAUGGCAGUGGAGUGUGUGUGUGCCCACCAGCGGGGACUGCGGGCUGGGCACCCGGGAGGGCACCCGGAGUGGGGCCGAAUGCAAACAAACCAUGAAGACCCAGAGAUGUAAGAUCCCUUGCAACUGGAAAAAGCAAUUUGGAGCGGAGUGCAAAUACCAAUUCCAGGCCUGGGGAGAAUGCGACCUGAACACGGCCUUGAAGACCCGAACCGGAAGUCUGAAGAGAGCCCUCCACAACGCCGACUGCCAGAAGACUGUCACCAUCUCCAAGCCCUGUGGCAAGCUGACUAAGCCCAAGCCUCAAGCAGAAUCGAAGAAGAAGAAAAAGGAAGGCAAGAAACAAGAGAAGAUGCUGGACUGAAAGAGGCCACCUCCCUGGAACGUGGAACGGACGUCAGCCACCAGGAGCAGUUAACCGUCGCAUUUAUACCCACCGCAGGCUUUUUAUUCCGAAGUUAUCGAUAGCUUAAGUGUACACACAAUAGGCAGAAACAAAAAGAAAAGAACAUGUUUGUAGUAGCAUUUUUAAAUGUAUACCAUAGUGCCACUAGGGGCUUAUAAUGAAGGACUGUAAUCCUGUUUAGAAAGUUGACCUAUAGUAUGUGAAAAAUGAUAGAAAAUGGAGGUAAGUUUUUUUUGAAGUUAUGUGAUAUUUGCCAUUUAAAAUCUUUCUUUUUUUUUUACAUUUUUUUUUCUUUGGCAGCGAUUUUAAAUGUUAUGGCCAGGUAAACUACUUCUCUUGUUAGGUCAUUUUUUCACCUAGACUUUUUUUUCUCAAUGGAAAAAAAGUAUAUACUAAACAAGGCAGCAAUAAAAUACAAUCAUCCUAUUUGAGGAAAAUACCUUGAUUUCUGCCAAUGGAUUUAAGAACCUUUUAGUCAGUAAAAUAGGGGGAGGGGCAGAGCAUGCACUUGUUGAAUGUUGACUUUUUUUUUUUAAAGAAAUCAUUAAAACAUGAAAUUCUUUCACUUUGGCAGAAACAUUUGUUUUCCUGAUGAAACUAUUUUCUCAUCUGAGGGGA